CGGAAAGUAGGAUAUCAUGCUGACGCAUGUUUUACGAGAGCAUAAUCUCAAUAAGAUAUUAUUGUCAUAUUUGGGUCUCUGGCCGUUUCAAAAUGAACUCGCAAGAAGUUUGUUACCGAUAUCCUAUCUUGUGCUUCAAAUGACUUGCUAUCCCUUGGUGAUAAUAAUGUUGUAUGAUCAUUGGGAAAACUCACGAUUGGUUUUCGAGUGUUGCUCUCAAAUUGUCUUAUUAACCACUUUUGUCGCAAAGUUAACUAAUGACUUUUGGAACCACGACAAGGUAUGUGCACGGAAGAAAUCACUCGCUUAUUUAGAUUUUUUAAUUAUUAUUACAAUAAGAUUUUUUUUAUUUUUCUUUUGUCAGAUUCGACAAUUAUGUGAAGCCAUGGAGAAACAUUGGAGUACAUUUACAAGUGAAUUUGAAACGCGCGUUCUUAAAGAUUAUUCUCUCAUAUCUCGAAAAUUUACAAUACUUUACUCGAUAAUAAUGUUCUCCAUGAUAGCAAUAUUUUUAAUGGUUCCAUUAACACCGAUAUUACUCGAUAUCAUACGGCCCCUUAAUGAAUCACGGCCGCGAUUCUUCGCGGUUUCUAUAGAAUGGAGAAUAGAUAAGGACAAGUAUUUCGUACCGAUUUUCUGUUAUAACAUGAGUAUAAUCGUGACAGGUACAAUUAUCAUGGUUGGCAUCGAUACUAUGCAUGUCACCUGUACUGUUCACGCUUGUAGUUUAUUCUCGAUCAUUAGUCAGCAAUUAGAGAAGGUAAUAUCAGAACUGGGCAUCGACAAAUUAAGCGAGCAAGUGACAUACCAGGAAUAUGUCAUAUGUUUAAGAAAGUACCAACUCGCUUUAGAGUUUGUCGACGUACUGAAUUCGAUGUAUCGAACAGUGGCAUUAAUUAUGCUAUUGAUGACUGGUGCGAUUAUAAGUCUGGUUGGAGUUCGAAUCGUAUAUGUAUUAAAUCAGUUGGAAGAAGUAAUGAGAUUUGGCCUUGUAAUCAUAGGCAUGUUAAUGCAGCUUCUGAUCCUAUGUUAUUCUGGUCAAAAGCUAAUGGACGAAAGUCAGAAUGUAUUCUAUCGAGCAUAUGCUGCAAAAUGGUAUAAAUUCUCACCAAGAUUAAAAUCGCUCUUGAUUAUAACCCUUUACAGAAGCUUUAUACCGUGUGGUUUAACAGCUGGUAACAUAUUUUCAUUAUCAAUGGCGACUUAUGCUACAGUGGUACGGACGGGCAUAUCCUAUUUCACGACAUUCUUAUCACUUAAAGAUUAAGUAGCUUCAUACAUUUUG